AGCUAUAUUGUUAUUUUUGUUUAUUUUGGGCUUGAGUUAAUUUAUAGCUUCAUUUAUUCAUUUAUUUUCUUGCUAAGGUUAAUUUGGUUUAUUUUGUAUUUAUGCUUUACUUGUAUUGUCGUUUAUUGGUCACAUGGUGUUAUGUUCAUUUGCAUAAAGUAGGUCAAGGUGGGAGGUGCUUCAGGCUAGGAGGGCAUAUGGUUUUUUACCAGCGUGAGAGAGGCAGCAACAAUGUCUGUGAGCUUGCUCAUGUAUGUGAAUAAACCUUCUUAAACUCAAUCUUGGUAUGGACAGCACUUUGCUUUGGUACCUCUGAACCUGCGUAAAGCCUAACCAUGACCUAGCCUCAAGUGGCCAUUUGAGAAGUUUGUUAUUAUUUGUUUUGUUUAAGUUUAUGGACAAAUGGCCACUACAUUAAGUAAAAAACCGCCCUGGAUAUAUCGUUGGUUUACGUGGAUACUGGACUUGUCGUUUGCUGGAUUACCGUUUGGAAAGUGGAUUACUCACCUGGAUGCGGGAGACAAACAAAGGAAAGGGCCUAGGAGUGACGGAGGCGUGGGCUGGAUACAGUGCAAACAUCGAAUAAUACGACCCAUCCGACAGUGUAAAGUUUCCUUGGACACCGUACUGGAUAACGGUGACAAUACUGGAGCGCUGGAGCUGCACUACGGAGUGGAGGACAUUAUCUGCUGCAAUUUGAAUUCGCAAAGGCCCAAAGCCUUCACAGGUGGUGCGCACGGGCGCGCGCAACAACAACAGCUACUGCGUGCAUACAACUCCGUGUACAAAGGCAACCACCGCAACAAACAAAGUUCCACAAGGUAUGUGCUUUAUUCAGUCUUUGCAAACAACUCUGUGUGUGUACAUGACCGACAUCAACAAAGAGUAAAAUGUCUGACGUUGCAUCUAAAGCCACGAGCGACACGGCGCUUCCUACAAGAAGACGCACAAGUUUUACUGCUAAAGGAAUGAUGUUUUUUAUGCAAACGUGUCAGGAAAAGAGAUCGAUGCAAUGCAGACGAGCCAAAUCGUGUAUGAAUCAGAUGGAUAAGUUGAUGCAUUCUGCAGACAAUAUUGAUGCAGUCAAGUCUCUUUUGGAUCAAAUGAUAAUAUGUGUUGAUGAGGCAAAACAACAUCAUUUGUCAUUUAUGUCACUGGACAUACCUCAGGAUGAGAAGGAGAAACAAGAUAAAUAUUUUGAACAAAAGGAAAAGUGUUUUUCAAGCUUUAUUGAUGACGUCAAAGGUUGGUUAUCAAACACAGGCCAUUCAUAUGAACUUCCGAUUAAACCACCUGAUAAUCCAACUGGUAUUGGGCCUGAGGACAGUGUAUCCAAUAAAGGUUCUGCAAUGUGUUCAAAGGCUGGUUCUAAGCUCUCAAAGACUUCAUCCAGUUCAUCCGCAAAACUAUUAGCGCAAGCAGAAAGAGCAGCGUUACAGGAACGCAUGGUUGCUCUGAAACAAAGGCAUAUUUUGGAGGAUCAGGAGGAACAAAUACGACUUGAACAAGAGGACUUACGUAAGAAACAGGAACAUUUAAGGAGAGAAAAGGAACAACUUGCUCUGGAGGUAGAAUUAAAGGUGACAAAUGCAAAAUUGGAGGUUCUGGAAGUAAGCUCAAAGUGUGGCGGUAACUUGUCAAGAUGUGCAUCUCAAACAUCAGAUGGUAUGAAUUCUUACUUGAAAAGGUCAGAAACUCAAGGGACAUAUGAACUAAAUCCGAAUGCUGAACGCUAUGUGCCCACCAAUAAAAGCUCUGAACCUACCUCCAGUCGCUUGUUAAAUUCUGUCCCUGUUGGUGUUCAACCCAAACAUGUUGUAAAACAACUACCCAUACCUAAUGUCAUUCCUGUGUUUCAAAGGCAAGGUACACAAUCACUGGGUUUGCAAGAUGUUUGUGAUGAUAAUCAAUCCAUCAAUUCUCUGGACAUUUUGAACAUCAUGCAGCGUCAAAAUGAAAUAACUACGCUGUUGGUCCAACAAAACACAGCCUCUGCCCUGCCUAUGAGAAAUAUACCUGUAUUUGAUGGUGAUCCCCUGUAUUUCAAAUCUUUUCUCAGAGCCUUUGAAAAUUGCAUUGAGGAUAAAACUCAAAAUUUCAGUGAUCGUCUGUACUUUCUAGAACAGUAUACAAGGGGGCAACCAAGAGACAUUGUAAGAAGUUGUCAACAUAUGCCCUCUGAACCAGGUUAUCAAAGAGCAAAAGCGCUUUUGAUUGAACAUUUUGGCAGUGAACAUAAGAUCUCUUCUGCUUACAUGGACAAAAUCAACAACUGGCCCUCAAUAAAACCUGAGGAUGUUAAUGCUUUGCAGUCAUUUGCUUUGUUCCUUCGAGGUUGCUCCAAUAUAGUACAUCAUAUAAAGUAUAUGAAGGAGUUGGACAUGCCAGCUAACCUCAGGACGAUCCUAAUGAAACUCCCAUACAAGCUGAGGGAAAAGUGGAGAAAUGUGGCAUGUGACAUACUGGAACAAACUGGAAACAGAGCAGUGUUUGUUGAUUUUGUGAAUUUUAUUGAAAAACAAGUCAAAAUUGUUUCAGAUCCUCUGUUUGGAAAUAUUAAUGAUGUUUCUCCAGCCAGCUAUACAAAGCUAUCCAUGCAAGUUAACCAGAAAAGGAAAAGUGGUACAUUUGCCACCAGCAUUAAUGCACCAAAGGAUGGACAUAGAGAAAUGGAAAACUCGACAGCUCACAGUAACCAGCUCAAAUGUAUGUUCUGCUAUCUUACCAAUCACACUCUGGAAAAAUGCUUUCAGUUUAGAAGAAAGACACAACAGGACAAGAUUCAGUUUCUAAAGGAGAAGGGCGUUUGUUUUGGGUGCUUGAAACAUGGACACACGAGCAAAGACUGUAGGAGUCGUUUGGAUUGUGAAGUGUGUCACAGGAAACACCCUUCUGUCCUGCAUGUGGAGAAGGAUAUUACAAGGAUAACCUCCAAAGAAACUGUAAGCACUGUAUCCGGGAAGCAGCAGACGUGUGGUCAUAUUGGGGCUGGUGAUGAGGAUACUGCUGUCUUUUCCAUUGUGGCUGUGCAGGUGAAAAGUCAGAAAAGUAAUAAAGUUGUGCAUACUUAUGCUUUCCUGGAUCCUGGGAGCUCUGGUACCUUCUGUACUACAAGUUUGGCUGAAAGGCUGGGAGUAUCAGGAAAAAACUGUAAUGUAGUGUUGAGGACAAUGGGGCAGACUAAAACCAUUAACACUACUAUAGUUACCGGUCUGGAGGUGUCUGGAUUCGACACCGAUGAUUUUAUUGAGCUACCAUCUGUUCUGACACAAACAAAAAUGCCUGUAUCUAAAGUCAAUGUGCCAUGUCAGGAUGAUGUUGCCAAAUGGGCGUAUUUGAGUAGCAUUAGGCUACAUGAAGUAGAUGCAGAUGUAGACUUGCUCAUUGGAACCGACUCUUCUAAAGUUUUGGAGCCAUGGGAACUGAUAAACAGUCAAUGCGGUGGACCGUAUGCAGUGAGGACCAGAGUUGGCUGGGUCAUAAACGGGCCUCUUCGUGCUGGAGACUCUGAAGGUACUGGUGUCAAAUCAGGAUGCUUUGUUGUAACUGCUAAUCACAUAUCUGUGGAACACUUGGAAAGUAUGUUGAUGCAACAGUAUAAUCAUGACUUUAUUGAAAGAACAAGUGAUGAACAACUUGAGAUGUCAAGAGAAGACAUUAAAUUCAUGAAAAUUGUGGAGAGUACGACAGUGCUUAACAAUGAACAUUAUUACAUUGACUUACCUUUCAGAGUUGACAAUCCUGUUUUGCCGAAUAAUCGCUGCAUCGCACUACAAAGACUCCAAGGCCUGAAGAGGAGAUUUAAUAGAGAUAUUUCAUUCAAGGCUCAAUACGUUGAUUUCCUUAACAACAUGUUAAAACAAGGAUAUGCAGAAAGGGUUCCCACAAAUGAGCCCACUCUGGAACAAGGAAAGGUGUGGUACAUUCCCCACCAUGGUGUACAUCAUCCAACCAAAGGAAAGUUGCGUGUUGUGUUUGAUUGCGGCUGUACUUAUAAGGGUACAUCAUUGAACAGUCAGCUCCUGCAGGGCCCAGACUUUACUAACACGCUAAUUGGUGUCCUCCUUCGGUUUAGAGAAGAGCCCAUCGCUGUUAUGGCUGAUAUCAACGCCAUGUUCCAUCAGGUCCGGGUUCCAUAUAAGCACGUUAACUUCUUGCGCUUUCUAUGGUGGCCCAAUGGAGACGCUACAGCGGAGCCAGAGGAAUACAGGAUGUGCGUGCAUUUGUUUGGAGCUGUAUCCUCACCAAGCUGCUCAAACUAUGCACUGAGGAGAACUGCUGAGGAUAAUGCACUGCAAUACUCACCCGAUGUCCUCCGUACAGUCAAGACAAAUUUCUACGUGGAUGACUGUCUUAAGUCUACUGUGACAGAGGAAGAUGCAGUGGAGCUCAUACAUGGAUUAACAUCUCUCUGUAAAAAGGGCGGCUUCCAUCUCCAAAAGUGGGUCACAAAUAACUCAAAUGUGUUUGCACUUAUUCCUAGUGACAUCAGAGCAGUGGGUUUGGGGAACAUGGAUUUGGACAGAGAUCAACUCCCUGUGGAAAGAGCUCUGGGGAUGCAAUGGUGUGUUCAAGGAGAUACGUUCAGCUUCAGGACUGCAGUGCAGGAACGUCCACACACUAGGAGGGGCAUCCUUUCUGUGGUGAGCUCUCUUUACGACCCGCUGGGGUUUCUGUCUCCUUUUAUAAUACCUGCCAAGUUACUGUUACAGGAGCUGUGCAGAAUGAACUUCAAGUGGGAUGAGCCAGUUCCCCAUGACGUCUCCGAACAUUGGUCUGAGUGGCUCUCUGAACUUCAGCAUAUGAGUGGAUUUAAGGUGGAACGGUGUAUUAAACCCAAAACCUUUGGAACACAAGUGAAAGCAGAACUGCAUCAUUUUUCAGAUGCCAGUCAAACAGGAUAUGGCACUGUUUCAUACUUGAGAUUGGAGAGCACUGACAAUGUGCAUGUUUCAUUUAUCACAGGCAAGGCUCGUGUCGCUCCUCUAAAGCAACUAACCAUUCCACGCCUUGAGCUUGCUGCAGCUGUGCUUGCUGUUCGAGUGAACACAAUGCUGUUGAAAGAGCUACAGUUGCCAUUGCAAAGGUCAUUCUUUUGGACUGAUAGCACUACUGUUCUCAAGUACAUCUUCAAUGAAACAAAGCGCUUUCACACAUAUGUUGCCAAUCGUGUCAGCACCAUAAGAGAAUCCACAGACAAAGAUCAGUGGAGGUAUGUAAACACCAAAGACAAUCCUGCAGAUGAAGCUUCUCGAGGA